AUGGCCCCCAAACAGUGUAGCGGUGCGUGGUUGCUGCUGUUGGCAACGAUUUGUAAUUUCUGCAUACUGGUACUCACCGAACUGCCCCGUCCUCGAGGUGUUUCUAUACCGCAGGCCAGCCUAUAUGAGGAUCGCGCUGGUAGUGGUCAGUUCGUUUGUCUCGAUGGAAAAAAGGUGAUACACCGAGAACGCAUCAAUGACGAUUAUUGCGAUUGUGACGACGGUAGCGAUGAACCCGGGACUGCCGCAUGCCCGGGCGGUUUUUUUCAUUGCACUAAUGCCGGCUACAAACCACUAAGUAUCCCAAGCUCGAGGGUAAACGAUGGCAUCUGUGAUUGCUGCGAUGCAUCCGAUGAGUAUGGUUCACAGGCUAACUGUGUUAACACGUGCAGCGAGCUUGGGAAAGAGGAUCGAAUGCGUGAGAAACAGCGGAGCGAGAUGCUGAAGUCGGGUAACCAGCUUCGGCUUGAGAUGAGCCAACGGGGGCGAGCUUUGAAGGAUGAACAGCGAACCCGGCUGGCCGAUCUCGACAAAAACCGCGCCGAAGCUGAAGCACUGAAGCAGGAAAAGGCAACUCUUAAAGGUGAAGCAGAAGAGUUGGAAAAUGCGGCCCUCAAGAUGUAUCGUGACCGCGAGGAGGAAGCGAAAAAACUGAAAGAAGAAACGGAAGCAGUGAACAAUCGAGAUGAAGCCGAAGAAACCUUCCGAAAGUACGAUUCUAACCAGAAUCAAAUGCUCGAGCUUGUCGAGCUGCAAACGCGGAUCGUAUUCGAUCGCAAUCGGGACGGUGCGGUUACAGAAGAUGAGGCACGCUUCUUCCUAGACGAACGGGAUCAGGUAGAUUUUGAAACAUUCGUAACACUAUGCUGGCCGCGCAUCAAACCGUUUCUUAUGAUGGAUUCCGGACUAUUUAAACCACCGAGCGAAGAGCGGGGCCAGGAGGAGGUGCUUGAAGAAACUGAAGAAGCGGAACUACAGAACUCCGAAGGAUACGAUCUGGAGGGUAGCGAACCCAGCGAUCCAUCAAUGAAAGAUAUCGCGUACGAAGAUGAUGAAUAUCAACCACACAACGGUGAUGAGGAGGACGAUGAGACGCUCGAUGAGCAUGAUGAAGAUGAAGGGGAGGAUGUCGGCGAGGGAGAGAUUGAAGCGGCAAAAGGUGCUGAAAAGCCACCCAUCGAGUACGAUGCCGUCACUCAGGAUUUGAUCAACAAGGCAAAUGAAGCACGCAAUCAGUACACGGAAGCUGAUCGUCAUGUGCGUGAAAUGGAGCAGGAAAUUCGCAGCAUAAAAGAACUGUUGGACAAAGAUUACGGUAAGGAGGAAGAAUUUGCCGCCCUAAAUGGGGAAUGUUUCAACUUUGAGGAUAGGGAGUACGUGUACAAACUGUGUCCGUUCGACAAGGCUAGCCAGCAACCACGGAAUGGUGGGGCCGAGACGAGAUUGGGAACCUGGGACCGAUGGAACGGGCCGGGAGAUUACAGUGCUAUGAUAUACUCGAACGGAGCACCUUGCUGGAACGGUCCUCAAAGAUCCGCUUUGGUUCAUCUAGAAUGUGGACUCGACACAAGAGUUCUAUCGGUCGCGGAGCCGAACAGGUGCGAAUACGAGUAUCGUAUGCAAACGCCGGCCGCUUGCUUUUAUCAGGAUGAUCAAUCGAACGGUCCCAAAGAAACGCACGAUGAGCUGUAG